GAGAAUCUGACAGGUUCGGAUCAUCGGCCGGACACUGACAGACUCUCCUAGAAAUAGGAGAAAAGGCGAAGGCGUCUACUAGAAAUAGAUCGACAGCGCGAGCCGAUCCAGAUCCGCGAGUCACCGGCAACGUGUCGACGUCGUCGUGUUCUUGGGGGAGAAAUAAGAGAGGACGCGGUGGUGCCGUGUGUGUUCUUGCGGGGCAAGAAGAGGAAAGACCGUGGGCGGGGGGUGAUGGCUACAAGAAGGGCCGUGGGCGUUGGGAGAGCUCUUGUUCCUCAGCCUGCGUGGGCGGCGGUUGCGGAGGCCGUGGCGAGGAGGAUGGAGGGCGUCGGCGGCGGCGGCCGCGUGCCGCGCUACUUCAGCGACAAGGCCUCCGGCAGGUUGCUCAGCGAGGAGGAGCGCGCCGCCGAGAACGUCUACAUACAGAAGAUGGAGCGGGAGAAACUGGAGAAGCUGAGGAGGAAGGCGGACAAGGACAAGGCCGAGGCCGCCAAGAGGGCCGCCGCCGCCAAAGGGGAGAAGAAGAAGGGUGAGGAGGACCAUCCAAGCUAAUCACUGGAUCAGAUCGAUGCUCGUGUGAUGGCGUGGUGUGGGUACAGUGACUACAACUGAUGCUACAUGCAGAUAGAACUACUACUACUCGUACUGUGUCGUGCUGUGCACUGUGGAGAGAAGCUUGUCUGAAACUCUGCUUGUGGUGUGUAAUCCCCCUACCAUCACUACUGUGAACUCUCUCUGAAGCGGUGGUGUGUGUGCUUUGGCGUGGCAAAUGGAGGCUUGCUCAGCCUCUUACAUGUACAUAGUUCAUCGAUAAUGAAUAAAUGUGCAGAGUAACAUAGUUCAUCGAUAGUGAAUAAA